CACACGCAUUCUCACUCGCACUUUAAUCCAAAAUCCAAAAUCCAAAUUACUUUCCCCUUUCUUACGUAAUAUCAAACAAAUAACGCAAAUGCGCUUCUCCAAGUUGUGUUCUUUUGCUUCUUCGUAACCAGCCACCGCUAUGUUGGAAUCUCUAGCUUAUUGCCAAAGCUUUAAGGGAUAUGACCUUACUAAGCAGAAGAGUCCAGGAUGUUCUCAUGGUCUUUCACGCAUAUGUAGAAGUUCUGUGUUCAUGUUUUAUUCAGUCAGCAAGCAAGUCACGCCGCAACCACGCUGUGCUAGUCAUGGGAUAGUUAACAGGAGUUCUUUCUCUGAAGGUUUCUUUAACAGCAAGCCUCUCUCUGUACCAUUGUUUUCCGGAAGUAAAGGAUUCUAUUCAUUUAAGUAUAGUCCAUCGCGUUGGCAAAGACUGCAGACAAAUGUAGCAUAUGAUGUUGCUGGUGCUGUUGAAGUCAUCAACGAUUUAGGAUUGGAUACUCUUACUUUCUUGGCUGUGACUGUCUUAAUUGUACCCACACUCAAAUCAGUUAAAACCAGUCCUAUACUUGGUUUCUUCUUUGCUGGGGUGGUACUCAAUCAGUUUGGUUUAAUUAGAAACCUUACAGAUGUUAAAAUUUUGUCUGAAUGGGGGAUUCUUUUCUUGCUAUUUGAGAUGGGUUUAGAGCUUUCACUUGCACGUCUUAAAGCUCUUGCAAAAUAUGCCUUUGGGAUGGGAUUGGCUCAGGUUGUACUAUGUACUUUAGCAUUUACUGCUUUUGAACUUCCACCAAAUGGGGCUGUUGGAACGAAAAUUUUGGAAUUCCUUUUCCACUCAAGGCCUGAUCUAGUGAACAUCAGAAGCAUUGAUGAAGCUGUAGUGAUUGGUGCUGCUCUUUCUUUAUCAUCAUCUGCUUUUGUUCUUCAGCUCCUUGCUGAGAAAGGUGAGCUUCCCACAAGAUUUGGUUCGGCAACUCUGGGAAUACUUCUUUUGCAGGACUUAGCUGUUGUUCCUCUUUUAGUCAUUCUUCCAAUACUAGAGACCCAGAAUAUGUCUGAGGAAAGUCUUUGGCCCAUGCUUGCUCAAGAAAGUUUAAAGGCAUUAGGUGGAUUGGGUCUGCUUUCUCUUGGGGCAAAGUACAUUCUCAGAAGAGUUUUCGAGGUUGUUGCCGAUUCAAGGAGCUCAGAGGCUUUUGUUGCUCUUUGCUUGCUGACCGUCGCUGGGAUUUCACUAGGCACACAGAAUUUGGGCUUCAGUGAUACGCUUGGAGCAUUUUUGGCUGGAGCAAUCUUAGCUGAGACAAAUUUCAGAACCCAGAUUGAAGCAGAUAUAAGACCAUUUAGAGGCUUGCUUCUUGGGUUAUUUUUCGUAACUACGGGAACUUCAAUUGACAUGCAGCUCCUUUUUCGAGAGUGGCCAAAUGUACUUUCACUGUUGGCAGGUUUAAUUACUAUCAAGACAUUGAUCAUAACGGCGAUUGGUCCUCGUGUCGGACUUACUUUACAAGAAAGUGUGAGAAUAGGGUUGUUGCUCUCCCAAGGAGGCGAAUUUGGAUUUGUAGUUUUCUCUUUAGCAAAUAGGCUUGGGGUGCUUCCGCUUGAGCUUAACAAGCUGCUCAUAAUUGUUGUUGUAUUGUCAAUGGCAUUAACCCCAUUUCUGAAUGAGGCUGGAAGAAGGGCUGCUAGUUUUAUUGAAGAAAAAUCUAAUACUGAGAAUAAAGCUUCUGAGAAGGUUAACUACAAUGUCAGUGAACCUGUUGUUAUCCUUGGAUUUGGACAAAUGGGUCAGGUCCUUGCAAAUUUCCUGGGCAGUCCAUUUGCUUCAGGAGUAGACAGUGUUUCAGUAGGAUGGCCUUAUGUGGUUUUUGAUCUUAACCCGACAGUAGUAAAGGAAGCUCAAAAACUUGGUUUUCCUAUUCUUUAUGGAGACGGAUCACGUCCAGCUGUUCUUCAAUCUGCUGGUAUCUCUUCUCCUAAAGCUAUAAUGAUUAUGUACACUGGCAAGAAGAGGACAAUUGAAGCUGUUCAAAGGUUGCGAUUGUCUUUUCCCGCGAUUCCAAUAUAUGCAAGAGCUCAAGAUCUCAAGCAUCUUUUAGAUUUGAAGAAAGCCGGUGCAACAGAUGCCAUUAUGGAAAAUGCAGAGACUAGCUUACAGCUGGGUUCCAAGCUUCUAAAAGGCCUUGGUGUGAUGUCUGAUGAUGUAGUAUUCCUAAGCCAGCUUAUUAGGGAUUCCAUGGAGCUACAAGCUCAAGAAGCAGUUGGUUUAUCCGAUCGAGACCUAGAUAUUAUGAAACCGCUACAGGUGAGAGUUUCUGACUUGAUGGAGGCACGCGUACCAACAGCUUCACCGGAACACGAACCAUCAGAAAUUCACCUGAAAGAUCAAGCUUCAUUGGGUACAAUUCAAGAGGAAGUGGUUGCUGAAGAACAAGAUUAUGAGCUAAGACAAGCUGUGAAUUCACAAGGAAAUGGUGCUCUAAAUGGGAAACAAGGCACUGAAGAUCAAAUCUCAAUGGUUGGUUCAAAAGAUGCAAUGGUGGACACAUCAUCAAUCCCUUCCCACAAUGCCAUGGAGGAACCCUAACAAUGUUAUGUUAGGUGACCUUCCCUUCCCAUUAAUUUUGCUCCUUUAAGGCUCUAACCAUAUAACUUACUGAAAUAUUUCAGCAAGUUGUCAUUUUUAUAAUUUUACUGCUAACAAUUUAUGUAUAGGAAACUUAUCAUUUCAACAAAACUUUUAGAACAUCAUUAUUCCAAAAGAGAUACUCAAUUUAAUUCUUUGGUAAGAGCCAAGUGUAUAUAAUAUAGUAGCAUAACACCAUGCAAAUUAUAUCCCUCUCCUUCACUAAGGUACACGGUCUUGUAUGUUAUUGGC